ACCGGCGCGGCUUUGCCACUCAACCUCAGUCGACGCGCGGCAUCCGUGUGAGGUGUAUCGUGCAUGUUUCGUGCCGGAAGGGAAGUUGAUCGAAUCCGGUCGACGAAAUCGUAUUUCGAGACGGAAUUCGGGAAUUCUGAAGAUUUCCUGCCGGUCUUCGGACGACCACAACGCGAAUAAUUAAUCGAAGUGUAUUUCACUUCCUGCCCGAUCGAGUCUUCUCGAACACCGUUCGAUCCACGAGAACUUCUCCCAGAGGUGGAUCCAUUUUGCGCGAUCAAGAUCGAUCGGAUCAACGUGCGGAAAUUGGAAAAUUUCUCCUUGACAGUAGUUCUGGAUCAAUCGCGACGUCAAUUUUGAUCAACGAAUCGUUAACCCAUACGCGGCUGGACGGGGAAGAUUCGUUAAAGUAGAGAGAGACGAUCGUGAUCAGCCGCGACUGCUUGAUCUUCCGAUCGGCGACCCGCACAUUCGGAGAACGAUAAGUAGUGUAACAUACCCCCGUGACUGCACGCAUUAAGGACAUUAAGGAAACGCGCGUUGCGAGCAUUAAUAGCGAGCAUCGAGAACACUUCGCGAGCAAGGGGAGCGCUAGUAAUCGAGAUCGAUCGGUGUCGCUUAAAUUGAAAAUCGGGCCAAAGGGAAUGACAAAGAGGUGUCGAAUGGUCGUAUCGAGUCGCGCAAAUUUGAUACUACGCACGAUACGGUUCUGGGAGACGGAAGAAAUAUAAAACAGGUACAGAACAGUAAUAGGAGAUAAAUCGAAGGAAAACUCAAGGCCCUUGUGAUGAAAAACGAUGCUGAACUCAUCGACAUCACUCCAGCUCGAAUUGAACUAUUCGAAUCGACCAACUGACGCAUAAAUUGCGAACGAAAUAACAGUUUAGUUUGAUUUUAGUUUAAUUUGAUACACAGGAAAGGGAAAGUUCUGCAAAGAUGAAACGAAGUCGAGCGGCGGUACCGCUUGAGUUAAAACGUCAAAACGGAAAUUGGGUAUGAUUUAAUGUUGAAAGAGAAAAGGAAGACGGAAAGACGGAAAGAUCCCACGCACGGACAAAUAAUCUCGAUCAUCUCGUCAAGAGACUAUCAUCCACGCUGAAACUUCCAGACGUGAAACUGUUGUUUCCUCCCGCACGCAAUAUCUCCGCGAAACUCUCGCCGGAGAUAUCCUUUUUGCUUGAGAAACGUGUAAUAACAAUCCUCGGGGGAGAAGAAGCGCGCGAUUCCGCGCUAGAGAGAGGAACAGGCUCCUCUUUCCGACUACUUAUUUGCUGCGCUCGCCCUCUUUCUCUCUCACGGGACUCGCGGAUGAGAAAAGUAGCGAGACCGAGAUAAUAAGCGGAAAGAUAAAGCACUUAACUGCAGCGGAGGUUCGUCGGGGGAGUACCAUCCCGAAACGAGAUAAUAAUCCUCGCUCGGAUAUCGACGCGGACACCGAAUUAACGUUGAAUCCGCUGUCGCGCGAUGAAACGGCCCGUGAGCCGCUUUGUUGGACCGCAUGUCCGGAUUAUGUGAUCCGGAUCUGAGGGUGAUAUCCGGCGGCGGUAUCCUGUCGGCGAUAUGGUCGACGAUGAGCAUCGAGUUCCUGGCGUCGCUUCGAGAGCGCGGCUCCGCGAUUUAGCUAGUUCUCGCCGAACUUAAACGCUCAUCCCGAUGAGCUUUCCUGACACUGUCGCAGCAUCCGGAAUCUCCGUUUGCAACGAGACUGCACUCGUCACGACACCCAGACGAAGCUAUCUAGAGACAGAAACAACUUUCACGCGCCGUUACAUGUUGACCGAUCGGCCGAGAAGAUCCGCGAUGUCGUCCGCUCGAGCCACCCUUGAGAAGGGUCAACGCGUCUCGUGAAUGACCGACUUGUGUGACAAUCGUGGGAUGUGGCUAAGGAGAAUCUGAAGGGAGUAGAAAAGGAAGUCGCGAAAGACAGAGAAAAAAAAGGAAGCUUGUGUAACAUAAUGGGGGACGCGUCGAGACACUGCACGAUGCGAGAAGGAACAUAAAAUAGCGGAUGGCAACGCAUUGUUGACCCGGAGGGCUCUCCAGCGUCUGGAAGCAGCGGACCGGUGACAUGGAGAAAUACGGCAUAGAUUUCCCGAAACGGGAGUGGAGUCACAGGCUCAGUCUUCGUGGUAGCCGAAGGGCUCACGAGGGCGAAAUCGGACCUAGAACGAUAGCCGGGGCCGGUGUCAGGAGCACCAGGAGAUGGGCCAGCCUCAGGCAGCACGUGAGCACCGGCAGCGACGGCGGCAAGCCCCGCGUCGAGUUGCUGUUCGAUCCACCGGGUUCCAAACCCAUCACGCCGUCCUCGCAACCACACACCCCCAAUACACCGAAAACACCGCACACCCCACCGAUCAAGAAGUCCAACUGGGAAGUAAUCGAGCACUUUACCGGAGCGCCACGUCCCUCCAUAAUCACAGUGACCAGAGGGUCGGAGGUCGGCAUGGCGCCGGCAACCGGAAGGGAGUCCAUGGCGGAAGCUACGGCGAACACGGGGCUCACCCAGCGAACGCGGAAAUGCGCUCUGAGUAGAUUCCUGAGCUCGUUAUGCGGCUCUCAUCGCUUCAAGAACCUGCAGGUUGAGAUGUUAUAUCAGCGUUACUUCCUGCGCAUGAAUCAAAGUAACAUGACCCACGUACUCGGUCUACUGGCCGGUUUGGCGCUUGCAUUGGGCCUACUACUUAUCGUGAAACUGUCACUGACUAACCAGCCACUCUUUACCAUGCUGCAGAGACCUGAAAAUCUCUCCCUCGCGAUUACUCUGGUGACCUGCAUCGUGGUUUAUGCCGUUCUGGUGGCGGCCAUUUCCAGACCGGGCAUGAACGAGAUAUGGCUAGCGGGUGUAAGCGGAGCGGUGCUGGUGACUUUGCUGGCCCUGCAGGUUACCCUGAGCAUGCACCUAGCGUGGUUGCACGAAACGAAUCACGAAACCGGUGAUCCGACCUAUUCAAGAACGAAGGACCUGCGAACUGGAGGACCGCUCGCUGCCGCCGUGGCGGUCUGCUUCUUCAUCUACAUGGCCUAUGCUCUUCUGCCGAUCCGACUCCGACACGCCUGCAUCGCCGGGAUCAUCUUCUCGGCCGCUCAUCUCAUCGGGGCUUGGCUGCUGUACCCGUACGACUAUCCAUCCAUGAUGGCACACUUGCUGAGCUCGAUCGUGGUGGUCGGCGGGACCAAUGUAGCUGGCGCACUGACACAUCACCCACGGGAAUUGGCGCAAAGGCAGGCAUUCCUCGAAACCCGACAAUGUGUGGAAGCACGUCUGACCACGCAGCGGGUCAAUCAGCAACAGGAGAAGCUUCUGCUAAGCGUGUUACCCAGACACAUCGCCAUGGAAAUGAAAGCCGACAUAGCCGACAAGCCGGAGGACACGAUGUUUCACAAAAUUUAUAUUCAGAGAUACGAGAACGUCAGUAUCCUGUUUGCUGACAUUUGUGGAUUUACCUCGCUCUCUGAUCAAUGCACUGCUGAAGAGCUCGUCAGAUUGCUCAACGAACUUUUUGCACGGUUCGACAGACUGGCCGCUGAGCAUCACUGCCUCAGGAUAAAGCUCCUCGGAGACUGUUAUUACUGCGUUUCCGGACUUCCAGAGCCGCGGCCCGAUCACGCCCACUGCUGCGUAGAGAUGGGAUUAGACAUGAUCGAUGCAAUAACAUUGGUACGCGAGGUAAUGGCCGUAAACGUGAAUAUGAGAGUAGGUAUUCACACGGGCCGGGUACACUGCGGGGUGCUCGGUCUGAGAAAAUGGCAGUUCGAUGUUUGGAGCAACGACGUGACCCUAGCCAAUUACAUGGAAAGCGGAGGGAUACCCGGACGCGUGCACAUCACGAAAAAGACCUUAGACUGCCUGGGUGGGUACUACGAGGUCGAGGAAGGCCACGGCGGCGAGAGGAACGCAUACUUAAAGGAGCACAACAUCAGAACUUACCUAAUUGUCCCGGGAGACACAUUCAGGGAUAACAUAACUAGUUCCGGGAUGCGAAAGACCUUCCCGGCGAAUGGUAACGUGUCCAAAGAGAUGAGAGUUAUGGGCCAUGGCUCGCAACACGGCAAACAAACCAGCAGAUUGGGUUUCGGCGAGGCCAUCGAGGGAGAAAAAGAUCCCGAGGAUGAAGUGAACGAGUACCUGAUGAGAGCAAUCGACGCCAGGAGCAUAGAUCGUUUGAGAGCGGAGCAUUGCAUGCCGUUCAUACUGACAUUUCGAAACCCAAAGGUCGAGGAAAAGUACUCGCGCGAAAGAGACAGGAUGCUGUCGGCUUACUUUGUGUGUUCCGGCUUCGUCUACAUGAUUGUCGUGGUCGCGAUAGCCAUCACUCUCGUCUUUAGCUUUGGGGACGUUCUACGUAAGAGCGUGUACUUCUACGUCUGCACGGUGAUUAGCAUACUAGUGAUAGCCCUGGUCAAUGGUGUCUUACUGGCGGAGAAGAACGAGAGGGUACCGCAAUGGGUGAGGAACGCGGCCUUGCAAAUCUUCGAGAAUCGCAUCGUCGCGCAGAGCGUCGCGACCAUCGUCGUGUUCCUGACAUUCAUCACGGUGUUAUCGCCGCUGAUUACGCUAGAGGAAAGCGAAUCUUGCUCCAACAAUAACACGGAACUAGUGGAGAAAUCCGUGCUCAAGGAACCGCUAAAGGGAACCGAUAACGCUGUCGACACCUGUUACUACAUCCUGUUCUGCGAUCUGUUUCCGGUUCUGGUGAUGCUAGUAAUGGUGACCUGCGCGGUGUACCAGAUCCUAACGUUGGUCUUUAAAGUAGCGAUAUUGAGUAUUGUUGUAACUUGUUAUCUCGGGGUCAGUAUUUACCAGGCAGUGAAUGAGAACAACAUCGUCGAACCCGCUGGAAGAUGGUUGGCGGGUGUUUUGGUGGUUUUCUUCAUGGCCUGCUUAGUGGCACAUUCUCAGCACACCGAGGCUACCUACAGAUUAGAUUUCCUGUGGAAAUUACAAGCGACCGAGGAGAAGGAGGAGAUGGAACACCUAAAGGCCUACAACCAGAAACUACUCGCGAACAUACUUCCGGAACACGUGGCCGCCCACUUUCUGUCUACGGUCAAUUCAGACGAAUUGUACCACGAGCAGUGCGACUCCGUGUGCAUAAUGUUUGCCUCGAUCCCGAAUUUUUCGGAUUUCUAUGACGAGCUCGAGGAGAAUAAAGACGGCAUGGAAUGCCUCCGAGUCCUCAACGAAAUCAUCGCUGACUUCGACGAGAUACUUGCCGAGGAGCAGUUCAAGUACAUUGAGAAGAUCAAGAGCACGGGUGCCACGUACAUGGCUGCUUCGGGCUUGACGAAAAGCACCUGCGACAUGCGGGAUUUCAAGCACGUAGUCGCUAUGGCGGAUUACGCUCUGAGGAUCCGCCAGCAGCUGGCCGAUGUCAAUGAACACAGCUUUAAUAACUUCCGCAUGCGUGUGGGCAUCAACAUUGGACCGGUGGUUGCGGGCGUGAUCGGCGCGAGGAAACCGCAGUACGACAUCUGGGGCAACGCCGUGAACGUCGCCUCCAGGAUGGAUUCGACGGGCGUGCUAGAUGGGAUUCAAGUCACCAAGGAAGUCCGCGAUAUUCUAGCCGCCAAAGGAUAUCCGAUCAGCUGCCGAGGCACGAUCCAGGUUAAAGGAAAAGGCAGUAUGAUAACUUACUUCCUGGAUGGGCCGAGAGAUAUCAAGGAGCCUAAUGAUGCCAAAAUCAGAACGAAUUCAAACAACAACACCGACACCACGGAGCAAAUGGUCGUCAGCAACAGCAACGGGAUCGUCUGAUUGGUGGGAUUGCUUGAGCAAGGAUUCACGAUGGACGAUAAUGUGUCACGACGAUAGAAGAUAUCAAUCAAUCCUUGUGCAUCUGCGAAUUUCUCUCGAGCACAAAGACAAUCGUGUGAUCUCCAAAGCGCCUAUGUGAAAUCGGAAUCGUCGAGCGUCGUCAAUCUAUUCUUGGUGAACGGAAUAAUUGCGCCAUUAGUUUUAAGUCUCGAAGCGAACGAAGCGAGGCAUGAUCGACACUCGCAGAAGACAAACCUGGCAUUUAAGCGCAGAUUUCGUGUAAUUGUUUAACUGUUUAGCAGCUGCAAGUGUUUAACAAGCUCGAGGUAAAUCUACACUGAAAUGCCAGACUUUAGCUGCGAGCGAUAACUCGUUCUCCCGCACACUCGUCGUACUUAAGCUAUCUCUGAAUGAUGCCUACGAUAUAUGUGAUUGUGUAUUGGAAAUAUUUACUUUCUCCUCGAACGUUAAUCUAAAAUUAACUGGAAUUUUGCAAUAAUUUCUCGGUGCUCGAACAAAAGAUAUUCGUCGCCAGGAACGUCGACGAAUGUCCAGAUAAUUUCUUUCGAGGAUGAACAAUUAGACAUGUCUGAUAUUAAUUAAGUUACACAACAAACAUGGUCAAUUUACUUACGCUUAAAUAAAAUAGCGCACAAUUCUUUCAUGACACAAGUAGCUAAAGUUCCUCAAAAUGUUAUUAUUUCAAAUUAUUUUUUCAGAUAUCUUUAUACACGUGUUAUUGAAUCAAUUUUAAAUAUUAAAAUAUUUUUUAUGAUCUACCAAUCUGCUUUGAGAAAUGCCACAAAUAAUUUCUAAGAUACAGAGAGAUUAAUUCACGACAAUAAGGACAAAGCCUCAUCCUCGAAGAAAUGGACAUGCAUAAUUUCCGAACACACAUUUGUGCAUCUAGUAUCAAACAUACUAUUAAUUGAGAAACUUGGACCAAUACGUUAAGUCAUAAAAAACGAUUAAAAGCUGUCACAAAUAAUUUACAUAUGUCAUCUAAUACAAGGUAAAACGUUCGAAUUUAUGUUAUAGCGCACGUCUUAAAUAGAAGUCUCAUUUUUCUCAUUUGAUUCAGCAUGUUGUUGACCCGAGUCUUUCGUUUACGAUAUGUGAUUUGUACAUAGCAACUUCGUUAUUUUGAACAAAUUUUUAGAUUAUCAUGUAAUAUUAAUCUCUCUCGUGACGUGUCCGACGAGUUGGGAGUUUCUGCAUUAUUCUAGUCAAUAGCGAAGGGAAUCUCCCGCAACUAAAUACACAGAAACAACCCGACAAAGAUUGAGCCUGAUACAACGAAACUGUGGAUGAACGAACCUCAUACGUAUAGACAGUUUGCUUUAACAAGAACGGGACCAUGGCGUGGUAAUGACUGUAUGCUAGACUCGAUGAUUGAAUAAUAGCCACCUGUAAGGAUACGGGAAUAUUACCAUUUUACUUCGUAACAGCGUGUCUGCUCUUCGUAAUUACACUAGUUACUAUUUUACGAAGAAUUGUUAAGAUAAAAAUUGUUAAAACAGAUCAUUGAAAAGAGUUUUAAAUAAUUAAUCUAUUUUAUUACUUUAUUUUGCUUACGAUUAGAAAAUAUAUGUUGGAAAAACUGCAGAUUUUAUCUGUCUUUUCUUGCUGCAACUUGUAGCACUUUUGUUCAUUGCAAUACGUAACUUAUGGAAUUUUCAAACGUGUUACAACUUGUAACUUACAAGAGAUCUUUUAUUUAUAUAAGAGUUUUUUGGUUGAUAAAGAGCUUUAAAUGGUCCUUUGCCCAUCCGCAGUUGGAAUUCUAUCUUCGUUUUAGAAUUUCGAAGGACGUAAAGUAAACUCAUAUAAUUAAUAGAGUAAACUCUGGAGACGCGGAAAGUACUGCAAGCGUCGGACGAGUGAUUUUCUACAUCAGUCAACUUUCCAACGGAAAUUUAAUAGAGCUGCACUAUAUCGUGGCGUCGAAUAUCCGAUAAACAACGUUCCGUUUUUCUUCUUAUUGAUUUUAACAAUCUCUGCAAAAAAACGUUCAAACAGAACGUCCUCCAAUUUAACUUUCUGUUAAUAUUCCAUAAAAGAAACCAUGAAGAGACAAACUAUUGAAGAUACGUUAAUUAAUUGCGAAGAUUUCUUAUUCGCAGCGUUGAGAAAUGAAUUCGGCAAAGUUAAUUAAAUUAUUAUGCUGCAAUCUUUGAUUAAAUCUUUCAUGUGGAAACGAUCGAUCGUCCGAACGGCUUUCUCGCAAAUGCAAAGUGCAUUCCGUGGCAUUCGAUGUCAAAUAGAUUAGAUACGUUUUCGCGAGCAUGUACAUAUGUAUGUAUGUAUGUGGUGCGCUUGAGAGCACAUGUACAAACUUGGCCAAAGUGUAUACAUAGAUGUUAAUUACGUUGGUGUGUCGGCGCGGCGUGGCCCCAAGCUCGAGGUCUUCUCGAUCAGAAUAUACAUAUCGAUCUCCUGUGCGCGUAGGCAACCUUUUUUCCAAAUGAUAAGCAGAGAAAAAGAUUAACUAUAUUUGUUAUAGAAAGAACAGUAGAGCACGUAACGAAUAUUUUGACAAGUCUAAUCUAAUUAAUUCGACUAAAUAAUUAACUUGGCUGUCGUGUUUAACAGGCACGCAAUUUAACUCGUCAAAUAAAAUGUCACGCACGAAAUAUACUAUGUCAGAUCUCGAACUAUGUCGAAUUGAAUUAAAUGCUGAUUCUCACAGAAUCCGAUGAUUCCGUGAGUUACGACAAGACUUUACGAUUCUAGGUUUAUCGCCGACCAAUCGUAUGGUGCACGAUCUGAUAUAAGCGUUGAAUUUGUGCUUUCGCGAGAAUUUUAAUGUCGCUGGCAGGUCCGGCUAAUAUUAGAUGUUAAUUGACAUAAGCGACGAAGCUAAUUCUAGAGGCGCAAUUGUUGAAUCAAGGCGAUCGAAUUGUACUAAUCCGCAGUGGAUCAUUUGUGUUAAGAUCGACGAUUUUUACUUUUUUAAUUUUUACUUUAUCUCGUUUAUUUAAAUACAAGUUCGGAACUGAUUUGAUGGACGUAUAUAUGAAUAAUAUAGUAACAUUAAAAAAUUAUUAUAUUCAAAUAUUCAAAUAUUCUUUGUAAAUGAUCUUUCUUUGUUAUGAUAAUGUCAAUCGAUAAAUGCUAAUUUUUCAUCGAAAAGUAUUUUGUCAGGAACGUCAUGUAAAGCACAAAUCAAAGCACAAGUGAUCCAUGUUAACCGAAACUCAAAUUUACUGUACGUUAUACCAUAUCGGAAUAAUUGUAUAAGCUCUUGCGUCAUAAGUCCAUCUACUACUACGUGUUAGAGUCUAAGAGCCUAUGUUAGUGUCGAAAAUUUAAUCGUCCAAAUAAUGGCGACAGUCAUUAACUCUGUCGACGAGAAUGAUAUACUCCACUGUUGUUAAGUAAAUCCGAACGACUGAUCCCUGAAGAAACUCCUUGAAAAAAAGAACUCCUAAGAUUGACCAAUAGAGCAAUUUAUUUUUCGAUUUUUUAAAUAACUUAUAGAUAUUAAAUAAACAGGAAGUAGAACAAUUAAGACAUAGUACACACCAAAUGAGGAAAUUUACGGCUCGUCGACAGUGCGUUAACAGCUGUUACAACCAAUAUCGUAGAAAGUAUCUGAUUAAGCAUCGGAGUGAAUUGAUCGAUACAGAACAGAGCCGACUGUUUUCCCAAAGAAAGGCAAGAGCGUUUUGCCUUCCCAGAUUUCCGAGUAACUUUCCUACGAUGAGAAAACUUUGUCUACGACGUCGACAGAAUGUCGCCGCCGAUCUUAUAGUCAAUACGCAACGAUACGAAUGAAUAGACGGACGACUGCUAGCCAGAAGGAAACAAGACGCAGGACAGAAAUUGUAUUAUUCGUAAUCGUUUCCGAGGAAAAUGUUGAUGUAACUUUCGUGCGCGUGCGCGCGCGCGCGAUGGCCUAAAAAUUCAGUCUACCGAAGACACGCAUCUAUACCAUAGCCAUAAUGCGCGCCGUGAUUAACACACUGAUGAUAUAAAAUAAAUUUUUAAUAAAAUUAA